AUGACAUCAUUCUGGCAAGCAUUAAAAACUAUGUUUAUAGCCAUUGGAAUGAAUCACCAACAACAAGCACAAAAUUCCCAUUCACAUAAAUCAUCAAAGUCUGGGACGACGAGUCCAUCGUCUGAACGUCGAUCCAAAUCACUCAAGAGAAGUGGAAGUGGGUCGCGAAAGAAUAGUAGCAGUAGCAACAGCAGUAGCGGCAGCAGUGACUGUGCGGCAGUCGCAAAGGGUGAUGCUACACACCAUCAUCAUCACCACCACCACCACCACAACCCUCUCAAUAAUAGUAAGGACCAUUCGAAUGGUGCUACUCUAGAUUGCAGCGUCGAGCACCACAACCAAGACUCUACCACCACAACGACAUAUCACAGUGGAGACUAUAUGGAUGAAAAUACAAUUGAAUGGCCACAAUGGGCGGUACUACUUUCACAACGACACGACCUACAACCAAUCUCGAGAAACCAAAUGGACAACGACGAGAAACGAAAGGAAAAUGGAUUCAAGGGCAAAAAUUAUGUUUAUCAAGACAGAAAGUUUUUCUCCAAAUAUUACUGGAAGGGCUUUAGUACUAUUAAUAGAGAUCAACAACAAAUGAUGAUGGAACAUGAUCAACAUGAAAAAAUACAAAAUCGACAACAACAACAAAGAUUAUUAUCGCCAAAUUUAAAUAACAAACAACAAGGAAAUAGUAAUAUGGUUCAACAAAAUACAUCUUCACCCAUUUCAUUGACCGAGUCUGGGAACCAUAUCGUUUUGGAUUACUUGCCAGAUAGAAUGUUGGUCGGUGUGGUGUAUUGGAGUAACAAUUGUGAAGGUCCACCAGGUUGUGUACAUGGUGGUGCCUUGGCGACCUUGUUUGACGAUUCAAUGGCUUGUUGUAUAAGAUACUAUUAUAAUAAUAAUUAUGAAGAAGAUCAACAACAAUCAUCUUCAUCUUCAUCUCCUUCUUCUUCAUUCCCAUCACCAUCUUCAUCUCCAUCAUCAUCGUCAUCAUCAAAUGUCAGUAGUACUACCAAUUGCUCUGCUACCACCACCACUACUACGAUCAAUGAACCAAAACCAAAGAAAUAUGCAGUCACUGCAAACCUAUCUGUAAAUUAUAAAAAGUUUGUUCCAUUGAAUUCAGUUAGUCUGAUCGAGACACGUAUCGAAAGAAGAGACGGAAAGAAAAUAUACGUGCACUCUUGCAUCAAGGAUCAGUCUGGAUCGAUUCGUGCUGAAUCGACAGCCAUUUGGAUCAUUGUCAAUCUCAUUUCAGAACCAUCUUCUUCCACCAACUCAUCUUUUCCCUCUUCACCUGCGCUUGCCUCGACAUCUCCUAUUUCAUCUCCUUCAACUCCCAAUAUAUUAAAUUCUCCCCGAGAUACUUUAAAAAAAAAAACAAAAAUAAUACACCUUAAUAAACAAUGA